AAUACCAUCGCAUGUACGCUCAACCUACACCGGCCGGCCACGCUCGUUCUCAAGAGAGGCAGAGUCGCAGGCUGAUAAUCCACUCAGCAAGAUCACCAGACCCGGACACCUUCGCCGCCUUCCAAAUGUCCGCCGCUCCAGACGCCCCAGAAGUCAUUCAUUCUCAACAACCUACUCCGGCAUCACCACGCGUUCUCAACAGAUGCAUGCCACAGGUCCAGCCCACCCAACUCCCGCGCACGCUUCGGCUUCGACGUCUUCUAGGGUGCGACGCACGCCGAGCCCACGGUGCCAGUGCUCGCUGACACCCUCAGCCAUGCAAGUGCAGAUGUCCGACGGGACGCCGUGCACCUCAGGGACGGACAGCCCACGAGGGGAGAGAGCAGGCAUAAAAGGACAGACGAGCAGGGCGAUGCAAGCCAGCCAACCCCACCUGCAUUCCCUCCUCCCACCCGCUCUCCCUUCCCUCAGCCUAGCGAUAUCUGCCCUUUCUGAACGUGCCUCUCGCCCGAUGGGGACUCUUGCACACGGCGAGUGUGCUUCCAUCUCUUUGUAUACUGACACUUGUAUCUCGCAGGGAUGCAUCGAACGUCAAGCGCAGGUCAGCCCGCGGCGUGCACGCUGCCAGCUCCACCUAUGUCCACCUGGUUUCUAACACCUCCCAGUCUUGGCUACACGCGCUUGCAACCCGCCAAUUUGCGUCGCA